AAUUGCAAUUUUUUUGGAAGAAAUUGUUGCUUCGGUAGAAGAAAUCAUUUACCCUCUCUCUCUCUCUCUCUCUCUCGCUGCAGCAUAUUUUGCUUGCUUCUUGUUCAUGAAAGGAUCUAUCUCCGUUAUCAAUAUAAGCUUUUAUGCUAGAGUGAAGAACGUGUUUGCGAAGAGGGUGGCAUACUUAGCAUCUUCUCCUUUAAGUCUUUGGGAGGACCAAAACUUUAUUCUUGACGAUUCCGUUUCUGCUGAUGAGAGCGACUCGCGAAAUUUCAGUCACAGUUCUGCUAACUUGAGCUGGGAUGACACCUCUGAAUUUGUUGACAAGAGUCUCUUGAUAUUUAGAAAUGGAAAAGCAGAUGCUAAAGUGGAAGCAAUUAAAUCGAUGCUCUUGAAGCGAGGUUGGCAUUUAAAUUCUCAAAAUGGAUUUGAUGUUGAUGUUCUUAAGUCUAACACGACUCGCUUGUUGAAUGACCUAUUUCAUGAGACUUCGGAUGCCGCACUUGCUUUAUAUUUCUUCAAUUGGUGGAAAUGGUGCAUGGGAUCAGAGCACUCAAUCCGGUCUACCUGCAGAAUGAUACAAAUUUUAGUUUCUGGGAACAUGAAUUAUAAAGCAGUGGAGCUGUUGCUUCAUCUUGUGAGAAGUACUUGCAAGGAAGAGGGGUCAUGUGAUCUGAUUCUUCAAUUCCUUUCUGAGGUGCAUACUGAUAAAAAGGUUUUAGAAACCACAUGUAGCAUGCUUGUUGACUGCUGCAUCAAGGAAGGCAAGGUAACUAUGGCAAUCAAUCUUACAUCCCAAAUGGAGCAUCUCAGCAUCUUUCCUUCCAUGGGGGUUUGUAAUUCACUACUCCAUACUUUAUUAGCAGCUAAUCAGUUAGAACUGGCGUGGGAUUUUCUAGAAAAAAUGCUUAGUCGAGGAAUGAGUCUAAACGUCACUAUUAUUAGCUUAUUUAUUGAAAAGUAUUGUUCUGAAGGAAACAUUGAGAGUGGUUGGGAAUUGCUCAUGGAAAUGAAAAAGCAUGGAAUUAUACCUGAUAUUGUGUCCUAUACAAUUGUCAUUAGUUCCCUUUGCAAAGGGUCUUUCCUAAAGGAAGCAACUUCUAUAAUGUUCAAAAUUGCACAGUUGGGAAUCUCUCCGGAUUCAGUUUCACUUAGCUCAAUUCUUGAUGGUUAUUGUAAGAUUGGCAAAUUAGAAGAAGUAAUUAAUAUUUUUAAAAUUUUCAAACUAAAGCUUAAUAUUUUUGUGUACAACAGCUUUCUGUCAAAGCUAUGUACUGAUGGUAACAUGGUUAAAGCUUCUAUGAUGUUUCAUGAGAUUUCUCAGAUGGGCUUGCUUCCAGAUUGUGUUAGUUAUACUACAAUAAUUGGAGGAUUCUGUAAAAAAGGGGACAUAAAUAAAGCAUAUCAGUACUUUGGUAAAAUGUUAAAAAGUGGAAUUAACCCAUCUGUUACUACAUUUACACUAAUUAUUGAUACAUGCUGCAAGUCUGGAGAUUUUAGCGAGGCAGAAUCUUUGUUUCAGAAAAUGAUAGGUGAGGCCUUGGUGCCUGAUGUUGUUACCUACAACACUUUAAUGGAUGGAUAUGGAAAGAAAGGCUGCUUGCAUAAAGUUUUUGAGCUUUUAGAUAUGAUGAGAUUGGUUAACAUAUCUCCUGAUAUAGUGACUUAUAACAUUCUAAUUCAUAGUUUGGUUAUAAGAGGAUUUAUCAAUGAAGCAAAAGAUAUUGUUGAUGAGCUUAUUAGAAGAGGUUACACUCCUGACGUAAUAACAUAUACUAAUGUCAUAGACGGGCUUUCAAGAAGGGGAAAUUUUGAGGAAGCUUUUCUUGUGUGGUUCUACAUGAGUGAGCACCGUGUCAAACCUGAUGUUGUGACAUGCAGUGCUCUACUUAAUGGUUACUGCAAGGCCCGUCGUAUUGAAGAAGCAAAUGCUCUGUUUCUUAAGAUGAUUAAUAUUGGGUUGGAGCCAGACCUGAUCUUAUGCAACACUCUCCUUCACGGAUUUUGUAGUGUUGGCAAUAUUGAUGAUGCAUGCAAGUUGCUUAAUGUAAUGGUUCAAAAGGGUAUCCUUCCAAAUAAUGUUACUCAUGAGGCACUUCUUCUUGGAUUUGAGAAAAAGUCUGUCCAAAAUCCUGUAGAAUGUGCGACUUUAAAACUGCAGCAAGUUCUGCUGAGAUACAGGGCUCAAGUGAAUGGAGAUGAUUACAUAGCUAAAAUUCCAAAACCUAUCAUCUAAGUUUCUGCACCGACUUUGGAGGAUCUACCUGUGAAUUAGGCUAGCCUGUUGCAAUGAAGCUUGGCACUGCAUUUUUUGAGAUUUUCUGCCACCAACUUCAUAUAUGGAGCUUGGAUCUCAAGAUACAGUGGUGGAUAUAUUGUUGUCUGAUAGCUUCUACCAAAGUACUUUACGCUUCUGAUGCAUUUUGGGGGUCCAUUUUGUAAGAAUAGAUAUAUCCAUGUGCAAGUGUUCUAUUAUCUGUCUUGGUGAAGGUAGCUUGAAUAUUGCUUUGCAUGUACACCGGGAUAAGCCAUGCUCAACCCAUUCUCAGGGUUGCUUAGUUAGAUGGAGUAAAAGUUUAGGCAUGGUUUGGUACACAAAUUUUUUUUACCUGUUUUCAUCUCCAAAAUUUAUAAAUGUUUGUACAUAAAAAAUAUGUAGAGUGGCGUGUGUAUCUGUGCUAUUCAGGUAUAAAGUUAUAAAUGUGUAUAAUGGCAUGUGUAUGUGCACCAUUCAAAUAUAAAAAGAAACAGUUAUGUCAUUGUUACUUGUUUGGUAAUUCAACAAAUUAUUAUGUUUA